CGACUCUAUCUCUCUCUCUUUCCCCGUCGCCUUCGUCGUUUCUCUACCGAUUUCGCCGUCGCCUUCAUCAAAUUCUCUACCUAUUUCGCCAUCGCCUCCAUCGAUUUCUCAGCCGAGGUCCCGUCGUCGUGUCUCCAACAUGAUUUUUCUCAAUUUGGUUUCGUUUAUAUACAUAAAUCAGGAAUUCAAGCUUGUGAAGCGUACACAACUUAGCCAUAAUGUGGCAAAGUUCAGAUUUGCUCUUCCUAAACCUACGGCAGUGUUGGGACUUCCUAUUGGACAACAUAUUAGUUGCCGGGGUAAGGAUAGCCAAGGUGAAGAGGUUAUUAAACCAUACACACCAACCACUCUAGAUGCCGAUGUUGGAUACUUUGAGUUGGUUAUUAAGAUGUAUCCACAAGGUAGGAUGUCCCACCAUUCCCGAGAGAUGCGUGAAGGCUAUGUCAAGGAAAAAUUCUGAGAAUAGGUCAAUUGAGCCACACCAAGAUGUCUAUUAGACUUGCUUCAACGGAGUCCGAGCUUGCUUCAAC